AGCGUGCUAAGUUUGCUGCCCGAUGACCGACGAGUUGGCGACCAUAAAAGGCGCGAGCAUGGUAUAUGGAGAAUUCACCCCUCCUCACCUUCUCUUCUGUCUUUGCUCGUUGGAAUCCUGCUAGAUAUGCAGCUCAAGAACGUGCUCCCUCUCCUCACCCUUGCACAUCAACGUCCCAUCCCUAAUCCAAACCUUUUUCGUCAACAGCAAGUCCCCUCUCUCCUCCCAAGUCCCCCCUCUAACCCUUCCGCAGCUCGUUUCGCACCCUGCAUCGAAGCACAAGGCAAUUGGGACGGCGCACCCGUCGUGACCGCCAACUGCGGGAACUGGCACUACGACAAUGCCACAUGGACAGCUCCGAACGGGGGCGCACCCGAAGGUGGAGGACCCGGCCCAUUCACCCAACUCAGGAUAUUCGGGGACAAGUGUUUGGACGUUACCAAUGGCGGCGACUGGAAUGGAAACAAGUUGCAGAUUUGGACUUGUUAUGAGGGGAAUGGGAAUCAGCAGUUUCAAGUGAAUGGGGACGGUACGGUUUCUUGGGCCGCACACAACAAGUGUCUUACUCUCACCGAUGGUGAUCUUCGUGAUCCCGUAGUUCCGACUCAGAUAUGGGAAUGCGGAAAUUCUGGGAGUCACGGGUAUCAGGAAUCCUUCUGCUUGGGCUCGGCUACUAGCGAGCCCGUUCUCAAGACCGCAAUCUACGUCACGCAGAAUUCUGGAUUUGAACUCGAGCCUAAUGGAUGGGAAGCCGUCCUAUUCAGCCUACCGGCGAGAUGGUUUACGCAAUACCAAGAUCAAGUGACAACCCGCUUUGCGCCGUGUCUUCAGGCACAAGGAAACUACGAUGGAGCACCAGUAGUGACGGCCAGCUGCGGUAACUUUAAUUACGAAAACGCGACAUGGGUCGCCCCAGCUGGUGGCGCAAACGAAGGCGGAGGAGCUGGCUCGUGGACCCAGAUCAAGAUAUUCGGCGAUAAAUGUUUGGACGUUCCAGAUGGUGGUGACUGGGACGGAAACAAGCUUCAAAUUUGGACGUGCUACCAAAGGAACUUUAACCAGCUUUGGCAGAUUAAUGGGGAUGGCACGAUCAACUGGGUGAAUCACAACAAUAGUCCGGGUAGGAUUUAUUCACACUCUCUGACCGCCCAACUGACACUCUCUAGACCCAAAUAUGGACUUGCGGUACAGAGUCGAACCCCAACUUUAAUCAGUUCUGGAACUUUGUUCCUCCUCGCCCAUGAACAAUAUCAUCCAGUGUGUGAAACGGACUAG